AUGAGCCUGAGUUAUAAGGGAGCAGUGACUGGUGCAGACACUAGCACAUUUUACGGUGCAAACAAAGCUCCAACGGGUAAGAAUAAAGGAAAGAGACAGGUACAAGAGGUGAAAGAGGAACCAGAUUAUCAUCAAAACGGAGCGGGCUCAAGGCAUUCCAAGGCAAAACAAGGGAAUAAGUAUGGAGGUGCACCGUCACGGGCGGGGAGGUCCUCGGGUCAGGCAAGAAUGGUAGAGUACAAGAAACGUUUUGCUGUGUCAGCUGAGGCGUUCCAGCACUUUCGAAACCAGCCAUCUUUCUGA